GUUCUCGUGGGCCACUGCACUCAUCUGUUUCUUCUUCAUCGGGAGCUCCUGUCGGUGUUCAGCGGGGUGUAUGCCUCCAUCGGGCGCCAUCGUGGGGAGAGCGUUGGAGUCUGGGAUGUGGUUCGACGUGAGUUGCGGUGGGCUUCGUGUCUUAUCUGCUUCUGCUCCCGGGACCUGUGCGCCCCCAUCUACACGCGUGUCCUGGCCACUGACGCCUCUGAGUGGGGCCUGGGGGCGACGGAGACCGUGGGCCUGGAGGCCGACGUGAAGCACGCCAUGAGCUUUUCAGAGGCCUGGAGGUUCAAGGAGGGUGGAGAAGGGGCCCGUGAGCAGGCCCGGGAGCGGAUCGAGGAGGCGAAGGUGACGGGGGAGAAGGCAGAGAACGCUAACGUGCCGGAGGGCGUGGACGUCUGCGCCCGGCUGGAGCGGGGGGUCGACCUCGUGCCUCGAUCCCUUGUCGGAGGCGUGGAGCUGGCGGCACUGCUGCGUGCCCCGACCCCGGCCAGGGUCCACGGGGCGGCAGCACAGCCGCUGCCCAAGGUGCCCCGGAUGGCGCGGGCCCACGCUGGCAGGCCGCGAGCGCGAGACCCUGCUCUUCGGGGCAUGAGGGGAUCGACGCUUGCCGCGGCCCUGCCGAGGGGCCACACGCUGGAGGGGGUCGGGCCGCUGGAGCCGACGCGGCGCCGGGCGCAGCCGCGGGCCCGACGUGCCGCUGCUCGCGCGGUUGCCCGCCGGGGCUCGGCUGCUACGAGGGCUCCGGAGCUGGCGAGGCUGAGUUCCCUCCAGGCGACCAACGUCCGGCCACGCACCCAGCAGCUGUACCCAGAGAGCUGGGAGAGCUUCGAGGACUGGGCACGGUUCCACCUCCUCCCUCUCCAGUCGGAGAAGCAAGUCGACGACGCGCUCGGGGACUUCUUCGACUACCUGUGGUUCGAGGGGGCGGGCUCCAGCCUGUUGAGCGACUGGCUGGUCCGCGGCGACCGGUGGCCCAUGGCGGAAGCAAUGUUGAUGUACGUGGUGCUCUACCUGAAGCCGUGCAAGGCCCUCAGUCUGCGCCGCGGCUGGCUGGUGCCGCCGCUGCCAAGCGGAGUCAAGGACCAAUCAAGGUGGACGGUGCUCCUGUACCCUGCGGGCGCCAGCCUCGUCAUCAGCCUCGGCCGCCAGGGCCCCCCUGGCAUGCAGCACCGCGGCGGGUGGGCCCAGUCGAGCUCGAUGCGUCGCUACCAGAAGGCAGGCCACCUGAUGGAGCAGUUGCGCUUCCUGCCGCACGGCGCUCAGCUCGCAACGGCAAGGUACGCCUCCGAGAUUG